AGCCGUCUUGGCGAAAGGCUCAAAGGCGCCGCACCAGCACAACCGCUUCCGCCAUUCUUCGGGCGCCGCGAUGGUUCGCCCGGUCGUCUACGCUCCCACGAAGGCGUUCAAGCUGUCCGACGCGGAGACUGCCAGGUACAAGGAGAUCAACGCGGCAGUCGCAGGCAAGAAGGGCUCGGACCCGAAUGCUGCCCUGGCCAAGAUCGAGGCAGCGCUCGCGCUGGUGAACGCCGCAGAGCAGGCUCCCGACGACUCGGUGAGUGCUUCCGACGCCGCAUUCGUGGGCAUCGUCCUGGGCGGCGCGGACAGCGGGGAGGCCGUCAGCGGGGGAGAUCUGGCCGUAGACACCGAGGACGUGACCCUGGAGGAGCCCAGGGCGAUCGCCGAGGACGAGGAGGACGAGGAGGACGAGCGUUCGCUGUGGGGGGACGGGGAGGACGACCCGAACGAGGAGAAGGACGAGUGAGCGCGAGCUGGGACCUCGGCAGGGUUGGCAGAGUGUGGGCUCUCAGAGAUUGCCGAGGUGCCUUCGUUCAGAUUUGCGCCCUCGUCCUGCCUUCGCUCCGCACAUCGGGCGGCGGGGCCCGUACCGACACACGCCGCCACUGGCCAUACGCCCACAUUCUGGGCCGAGGCCGUGCCGGGGGGCGCAUACGACGCUCGUGCUCUUGUCCUCGGACUGGCUCGUCGUCCUGUGCCUCCUCAUCUCUGGUUGGACGAAA